AUGUUGGCGUAUAAGGAUGAGGUGAGAAUUAUUUUCGAUCAAUUUCAUGCAAAUGAGAUGCUACCGAAGAGUAUGUUGGCGUAUUUCGUGGCUCUUAUCCCAAAGGCGUCGUCUCCAUUAGAGUUAAAGGAUUAUCGGCCUAUUUAUUUGGUUGGAAGUCUUUAUAAGCUACUUGCAAAGGUGUUGGCUAGAAGAUUGACGGGAGUUAUGAGUUCAGUAAUUUCACCGACACAAUCGGCUUUUCUCAAAGGAAGGAACUUGGUGGACGGUGUUUUGGUGGUGAAUGAGUUGGUGGAUUACGCGAAAAUAACAAAGAAAUAUUGUUUGAUUUUUAAGAUAGAUUUUGAGAAGGCCUAUGAUUAUUCGGUGGAUUGGGAAUUUUUGGAGUAUAUGAUGGGUAGAGUGGUGCACUUGAAUUUGUUUGAGCGGUUUAGGAUUGGAGGAAAUGGUUUGGUGGUGUCUCAUUUGCAAUAUGCCGAUGAUACUCUUUGCGUUGGGAAAGCUUCGGUGGAGAAUUUUUGGAUGAUGAAGGCGCUUUUGAGAGGUAGUCUCCCGUUCAAGUAUUUGGGGUUACCGGUGGGGGCUAAUCCGAAGAGUUUGAAAACAUGGAGCCGAUGGUGGAAAACGCCGGUCCAUGUGGAAAAGAGGAUAGUUAGAGUUCAAAGAGAAUUUCUUUGGGGGCGGAAGAAAAUUAGUUGUGUGAAGUGGAAGUCGGUGUGUCAACAAAAGAAAAAUGGAGGUAUGGGGAUUAAAGAUGUUCGGGUGAUGAAUGUGUGUUUAUUGGCUAAAUGGAGAUGGAGGUUGCUAGAUGAGGAAAAUGCAUUGUGGAAAGAUGUUCUAGAGGAAAAAUAUGGCCCAUGCAAGGAGUGUUUGUUGGAAGGUGGAGGUACAUCUUGGCCGCGGUUCACUUCGGUUUGGUGUUAA